AUGACUGAAAAUCAAGAAACCUCGGGUGUUCCAAGUAACACCCCCAUUGAGUCCCCACCAGUUAAAACACCAAUGUUAAACUCCUUACUCAACACCACAACUAACCGAAACCCUAGGACAGAGUCACCACCACACUCAGUCCCCUCUCCUACCCAAUCGAGUUCUAGUUCUCAUCGGAACCGCAAAACCUCGACUCCUAAAAGGUUUGUGGCUACGAGCUCUCCCGCUGCCUCGCCGGAAAAACUGGGUGAAAAGGGUACAGUUGACGAAGAGGAAAAUCAGGAAAUCUCCAGUCUUCCUAUGGAAGAAGGCUCAAAUACAGACCAAACUACUGGUCCUGAGAAUGCUGACUCAACAAAGACAGUUCCUAUUCUUGAGUCCACAGGUUACACUUCUCAUUCUCCUGCAUUUUCCAUGGAGUUACAAGAGAAAAAAGCAAUAGAAAAUAUACUAUCUAUAGCGGCUGAAGGGGUUAUUAUCGAAGGAGGUAAGGUUGGGUCUAAGCCUCAGGGGGAAGAUCCUAAGAUCUUGGUAGAAGGUAGAGAGCUUGUGCCUGUUAAACAAUCGGCACAGGACAAUACUACUGGGGUACCUAAUGAAGAACCUUAUCCCUCAUCGGAGGAUACAACUCAGGGGUCCUCUCAAGAGCCCCAGGUCAGUAUUGACCCUGCUCCAUCUCCUUAUUUUAAUGUUGAGCCUCUGUCUGUGGUGGUGCCUAAGAUGAGAUCUGUAUCUGGUGAAGAGAAUGGGGAUAGUGAAGAAGAUUUUGAUUAUAUAGCUAUUGCUAGCUUUAUCCAGGCUAGGGGUAGACCAGUUGCUACUCUAGAGCCAACUCCUAAGCUACCCACUAUAAGGUUGCAAAAUAAGGAGGCACUUGAGUCCGCUCUUAAUAAAAGUCAAGUCAGUCAAAGGAGGAGGAAAUUGGUGAAAGAUGGGAAGGCUGCACAUGAGAAGGUAGUGCCUGUUGUCACUAUGGAUGAUGAAGUGGACGAGGAACCUGGUUCCUUGACUCACAAGUGCUCACAGAAGCACUCUCUCUCCAAGUCUAAAAAGAAAUCUUCUGUGAGUAUUGAGAGUCCACACAAGAGUGAUGAAGUUAUCUCCAGUGAAAAUUUGGUGGAAGAAUCUGGUAACAAGAUAGUAGAAAAAGGUGGUGCAAAAUUUGGUAACAAGGUGAUGGAAGAUUUUGGUGAAAUUGUGUCCGAGAAAACAGUGUCUGCAAAGUCCGCUGAGAAGGGAAAAACUGCUCGCAAGUCUGUGAAAAGGAAAGUUGAUGUCGAAGAGGAACCUGGUUCCUCCAAGAAGGCCAAAGUUGAUGAAUCCCAGAGUGCUAGGAAAUAUAAAUUGAGAAAUCAGAAGGUACUAUGGGGCCGCAUAUUUGCCCCUGACAUUUUGGAGCUGGCCGGAAUGCGGCAAUUGGUUGAAAUCUGUGAAUUCCAACAAUGA